AGAUGGCAUGCGCAAAUAGAAACAGGAAGUAGCUGUGCAGAGUUCGAGAAAAAUGUCCUGACGUAGUCCCGAAUGUAUUUUCUCUAAAAAGUGAUUCACUUCAACGAAUUUCUGAUUAGAAAUCGUAUCAAACUCAAAUUAAACGGUUAUUUCAUAAACAUAGCCAGUUACCCAAAGACAUUGCAAUGUCUAGUAGAAAGAGAUCGAGAGACUCGGAGGACAGAGGGGACCGCAAAAGGCACAAGGAAUCAAAACACGAUGUAGAAAAACUCAAGAAACAAGCGAGAAAACUCAACCAAGAAGUGCAAAAGCUGAAGCAUUUGGAGACCUUUUAUGAAAAACCUCCUCCUGGACUCAUAAAGGCGGAGGAGUACAAACCAGAGGACUGUAUUCCUGCUGAUCCAGGAAAUGAGGAUGCUAGGGACUUCCUGGCUCACGCCCCCACCAAGGGGCUGUGGAUGCCUCUGGGGAAGGAGGUGAAGGUCAUGCAGUGUUGGAGAUGCAAGCGCUAUGGACACAGGACAGGGGACCGAGAGUGUCCCUUCUUCAUCAAAGGAAACCAGAAACUGGAGCAGUUCAGAGUGGACCAGGAUUGGUAUUGGCAGACACCCUUGUGGACACCUGCUCCUGGUCUCAACCAUAACCCCUUGGGGACAUCUGCUCCUGGUCUCAACCAUAACCCCUUGGGGACGUCUGCUCCCGGUCUCAACCAUAACCCCUUGGGGACGUCUGCUCCCGGUCUCAACCAUAACCCCUUGGGGACGUCUGCUCCCGGUCUCAACCAUAACCCCUUGGGGACGUCUGCUCCCGGUCUCAACCAUAACCUCUUGGGGACAUCUACUCCUGGUCCCAACCAUAACCCUUUGGGGACGUCUGCUCCCGGUCUCAACCAUAACCCCUUGGGGACGUCUGCUCCCGGUCUCAACCAUAACCCCUUGGGGACGCCUGCUUCUGGUCUCAACCAUAACCCCUUGGGGACGUCUGCUCCCGGUCUCAACCAUAACCUCUUGGGGACAUCUACUCCUGGUCCCAACCAUAACCCCUUGGGGACGUCUGCGUGCUUGCCUACUUGGGACCAUGAGCAUGCUUGAUUGAUGCAGCUGGAUACAGUAUAGUUGCAUCCCAAAUGGCACCCUAUUCCCUAUAUAGUGCAUUACUUUUGACCAGGAACUAUAUUGACUUUGGUCCGAAGUAGUGCACUAUAUAGGGAAUAGGUGCCAUUUGGGAUGCAUUAGGUAUCUGUGCUGCUGCUGGAUGCUUCUGGAUCUUGACUCCUCAGCAGAUUCACAGGGCAGUUGUUCUGUAGGCCUGCAUGCAACAAUGCCACUGCAAUGAUUAUCAUAACUGCAAGUGUAUCAUAUCUUGUAAUAGAACCAUAUUUUAAAAUGCAAUUCCGGCAGAAGAGAGUUGAAAGGGUGGGAAAUUAUGUUGCCUAAAAACAAUACCUGAAUGGAGUUUUACCUUGCAGUGCUUGUUAUCAUUGGAGCUUUGCUAUGUAUGUUAUCUUUGAAAUGUUGUAAAUAUGUAGCUAAACCGUCUGUUUC